AUGGCUUUUCCUUGUAAGUUGACCUUUAUCAAAAUCGAAAGACUUUGGCAUCUGCUUCCUCUGCUCAUCAUAAUCAUCAUUAUCACUGUCUCUGAUGGAGCUGAAGCUGAAAAUGAGAAAAGUGUCACCAAUGUUGGAGCAAUCGUUAAUCUGAACUCUCGAAUGGGUAAAGAACAGAAAACUGCUAUGGAUUUUGCAGCUGAAAACUUCAGCAACCUUUCAAAGACUCAUAGCCUAAUCAUUCAUUUUCGACAUUCUGACAGAGAUCCCUUUACAGCUGCUUCUGCUGCUGAAGAGUUGAUAAAGAAGAAGAAAGUAAAAGUGCUAAUUGGCAUGGAGACUUGGCAGGAAGCAGUUCAAGUAGCUGAUGUGGGGAACCGAGCUCAAGUUCCGGUGAUUUCAUUUGCAGCACCUACUAUAACCCCACCUCUCAUCCAACGCAAGUGGCCAUUUUUGAUACGAGUGGCAAGCGAUGGUGGUGCUCAGAUCAAAUGCAUUGCAGAUAUAGUUUCUUUAUACAGUUGGAAAAGGGUAAUUGCAAUAUACGAGGAUGAUGGUUAUGGUGGUAAUGCUGGGAUGCUAGCUCUUUUAUUUGAGGCACUCCAACACGUUGGUUCAAAGAUUGAGCAUCAUUUGGUUCUCCCACAGGUUUCUUCUAUGUCUAAUUUUAAUUGGGGUGAACUAGAGGAGAUGCUGAAGCUUCCCAGCUUUCAAUCUCGGGUCUUCAUUGUUCUUCAGUCAUCCUUACCAACAGUGACUAAUCUAUUCAGGGUGGCGAAGAAGAUGGGACUUGUAGGAAGAGACUCGGCUUGGAUAAUCACAGAGAGUAUUACUAGUUUACUUGACCCUCAAGUCAAUCAUGAUAUGGAAGGUACUCUGGGAAUCAAGACCUACUAUGCCAAUAAUACCAGUUCCUAUGCCAAAUUCUACAAGGUAUUCAAAGUUAUGUAUCCAGAAAAAGAUAACUCCGAGCCAGGAAUAUAUGCUCUUCGAGCAUACGAUCUAACUAGAAUCGUAACUCAGGCCAUAAGAAUGACUGGUAACAGUACCACUAACCUUCAGGUAGUGUUGAAUACAGUGUUAAGCAAUUACAUGGGUUUAAGCGGGAAAAUGCGCUUGAAAGGAGGUGAAGUGUUGUACUCUCCAAUAUUCAGGAUCAUAAAUGUUGUGGAAGGGAACAGGUACAAAGAGUUGGACUUUUGGAGACCAGAGAUUGGAUUCUCAGAAAGCCUUGCACAACAAACAAGCAUAAACAGAAGAGAUGAUGUUGGUACAGUUGUUUGGCCCGGGAAUCUAAGCCAACGAGCCCCCAAAGGCUGGGCAAUGCCUACUGCUGAUAAGCCAAUGAUAAUUGGGGUUCCUAACAGUUCCUUCCCCGCAUUUGUAAACGUUAGUUCAGAUGGAAAGAGUGUUGACGGUUUCUGCAUUGAGCUUUUCAAAACGGUGGUAAAUUGUUUGAAUUAUCCUCUGCCCGUCGAAUUCCGAUACGUUAAUUGCCCCUAUGAUGAUUUGGUAGAACUAGUCCAUAACAAGACCUUCGAUGCCGGUGUUGGUGAUAUCACCAUAAUAGCAGAGCGAGUGGACAAAGUGGAAUUCACUCAGCCAUAUACCGAGUCUAGUUUGUCACUAAUAGCUCCAGAAAAAGCUGAGCAAUUAGAGUGGAUGUUUAUGAAACCUUUCACCGGGAAAAUGUGGGCGGCAACUGGUGGCAUAUUAGUCUACACAAUCUUGAUUAUAUGGUUUUUGGAGCGCCUUGCUAAUCCAGAAUUCAGUGGCCCAUUGAUGAAUCAGAUUGGCACAGCAACUUGGUUCGCCUUCACCUCUUUGUUCUUUUCUCACAGAGAGAAAAUCUAUAACAACUUAACUCGAGUAGUUGUUGUAAUGUGGUUAUUUGUUGUAUUGAUCCUAACCUCAAGUUACACCGCUAAUCUGUCAUCAAUGCUCACCAUUCAACGAUUGAAACCAAAUGUUACAGACAUCGAAAUGCUAAUAAGAACCAACUCAAAAGUUGGCUCCAAUAGGGAUUCAUUUGUCAUCAAUUACUUGGAGAAAGUACUUAACUUCAAACGAGAGAACAUCAUCAAAACAGACGGUGAAUCCAACUACAUUGAGGAGUUUGAAAGUAAACGUAUAUCUGCUGCCUUGCUUGAACUCCCAUAUGCGAAAGUAUUCAUGAACAAGUACUGCAAGGGAUAUACUGCGACCACACUACCCUUCUAUAGAUUUGGGGGACUAGCAUUUAUAUUUCAGAAAGACUCUCCAAUUGCCCGGGAUUUCACCAAGGUCAUUCUAGAGUUAUUGGAGCAAGGAAAAAUGAUGUCACUUGAAGAUACUUGGUUGACACCGAAAAGUGAGUGUCGAAACAAUGCAACUUCCAAUGGCCCCGAAAGUUUGAACGUCAAGAAUUUUAUGGGCCUUUAUGUAAUAUUUGGUGUUUCUUCCACCAUUUGCCUUCUAUUAUCCUUCGUUAUCUUGCUGAAGAAACACGAGGAUGCAUACCCAGGCAAUGCAAGUGGUGAAAGUGUUUGGAAUAGGAUAGUUAGAAUAGCAAAAUUCCUAUAUAAUAGACAGAUUCCAAGUAGAGCUCCAAGUUUUGCUGAUGUGCCGGAAUUGAGUACUUCUUCCGAGCUGGAAUGCGUGACCACUUCUGCCACUUAG